AUGAUGAGGGAAGCAGUAUCAAAUCAAUGCUUUACAAGCUUUUUGGUGGGGAGCAAUAAGGUGCCUAUAGAUGUUCUUCAAUACGCUGACGAUACGAUAUUCUUUGGAGAAACAUCUAUGGCAAAUGUAAAAACUGUGAAGGUUAUUCUCAGAAGUUUUGAGUUGGUUUCUAGAUUGAGAAUUAAUUUUGCUAAGAGCAAAUUUGGAGCUAUUGGUCAAUCUGAGGAGUGGUGUCUUCAUGCUGCAAACUACCUCAAUUAUGCUUUGCUCCAAUUUCCUUUCUGCUAUUUAGGUAUUCCGAUUGGUGUCAAUCCCAAAAGAAAAGUGGUGUGGAAUCCUAUACUUAGGAAAUUUGAGGAUAGGCUGAACAGGGCCCCUAAAGCAGUGAUCAAUAGGUUAUUUGCCAUUCAAAGACAAUUUCUUUGGGGAGGUAACCAAGAAGGGAAGAAGAUUGCAUGGAUGGGUAGGGGUAACCAAAUCCUGUUCUGGGAAGAUGCAUGGGCUGAGGAUGGGAUUCCCCUCAAAGACCAAUUUCCAGAUUUAUAUCGAAUUUCCAGAUUUACAAGCACUGCAGCUUUUAGAAAAAUAAGCACUGCAGCUUAUUUAAGGAAGAAAUUCUGCAGCAUUUGCAGUAUGUGGGUGGAAAAAUAA